CCAAACAAGCGUCCGAGCUGCAGUUGCUCAGUGCAUCUGGUGUUGCUCGAUUGUGAAGGCAGUGAUAAACGAUAAAUCUUCAACAAAUUUCCCCCGUGAUAAUAGCCCCCGGAUCAUUAUACAGUUCACACACACAACCAUAUCCAUGUGUUCGUCAUAAAACUCGCGAAGUGAAAGAAAAAUAACAGUCAGUCUGUACAAGAUGGCCGCCCGGCUGACAUCGGCCUUCUACCACUUCACCCUUAUUUUGCAUCUGUUUUUGCUCAUCAAUUACAAUUAUGGGGAACGAAUUGGUGAUAAAGCUGGAACACUCCAUAUGUACCAGGAUAAAGGGAAUUCGAGGGAGAGGAGUUUUAUUGUCGAUAGGAGUGAGUUUGACGAUUCUGUGUCGGAAACGUCAUUCGUGCGAAGUCGAAGGGAUACAGCCAAAAUUUCGACCAGUGGAAUGCCCUAUGUCAAUCCCAACAUCACAACAAAGGUGAAUGUCUUGAACGAUUCUCAUCAGCAGCUGAUGGUGCAUUGGGUAGGUGAGAAAUCUGACGUGAUAAUCUGCCUAGCCAGGGACAGCAGCUCGUCAACAGUACGAUCUCCAGAGACUAAAGCAGCUCCAAGUGCUGUUUACAUCAGCUACAACUAUGGCGAUUCAUUCGAAAAUAAAACUGAAUUCUUCAAGAUCGAUGCUGAACAUUCUGGCGGGGGAACGGGUGCGUCCUAUGCUACACUGGAUAAAUUCUACAAUCAUCCAAAAUUCAAUCAAUACUGCAUCUUCGCGGACUCUGCGAACAAAGUCAUCUUCAUAACUUCCGACAAUGGCAAGAACAUAACUCGCGUAGAUCUCCAAUUCCAUCCGAGUGAGAUAUCUUUCUAUGACAAAAGUCCCUCGAUUGUCCUAGCCCUUGACAAAAUCGACCCCGAGCGUCACCUCUGGAUGACCCGUGAUAUGGGAAAAAAUUGGUUCAUUAUUCACGAGUACGUAAAGGCCUUCUUCUGGUCUUCCCUGCGCCCUGACAGCGUCCUUAUAGAACGCGCUGAGCCCUUUGGCAAGAACACAGUUGUGGAUGUAAAUCUCGCUUCCUCGAAACAGGAUCAGCGUGAUUCAAAACUUAUUAUCGAUAAUGUUCUGGACUUUGAGAUCAAGGGCGAGUACAUGUUUGCGAUAAAAUCAGCGGUUAAUCAGAAUGGUAACAAAACGUCGGAGGACCUGGAGUUCUUUGUUUCGUACAAGGAUGCCCCCUUCGUUGCCGCAAAAUUCAAUACAGAGUUAGAUAGAAGGAGUUAUCACAUAGCUGACGUCUCCAAUAACCGAGUAUUCGUCGCCGUCUCUCACUCACCAACUCAGUCCAAUCUUUAUGUGUCUGAUGGCCUGGGUAAAUCGAUGGCGACGUUCUUCCUCUCCCUCGAGGGAGUUCUUGCUUUCUUUCCUAAUACAACAUGGCAAUCGACAUGGUUGAGUGAAGUUGCAGACGAGGCAUUCACAGACCUGUACAAGGUCGAAGGAUUGAAGGGUAUUUACAUAGUUUCUCAGGUCAGAGAAAUUCCAAAGGGUGCCAUCGGCCCUGAGAAUCUAGUAUCAUUGAUAACAUUCGAUCAUGGCGCGACCUGGAGCAAAAUAAGACCCCCGUCUGUCAGUCAUGAGGGAUUCUACAUUCACUGUCCCAGCAACUGCUCUCUCCAUCUCAGUCAGAGGUUCAGCCAGUUGUAUCCAAUCACCAGAUCGGCCUCGAUAAUGAGCUCGAAAUCGGCACCGGGUAUUAUAAUGGCAACUGGCGUGAUGGGGAACUCCCUAAAGGGUCAUCCAGCUCUUUAUGUUUCUCGCGAUGCGGGUCUCAGCUGGAAACAAGUCCUCAAGGACUAUUACUUCUUUAAUAUGGGAGAUCAUGGUGGUGUUCUCGUUGCUGUUAAGUACUUCAAGUCUAGAGGAGAAACUCGGGACAUUCUGUACUCUACAGACGAGGGUCGAACCUGGCAGACUUACAAGUUCAAUCAGGAUAUGCUGAGGGUUUACGGCCUGAUGACCGAGCCCGGAGAGAACACAACCGUCUUCACAAUGUUUGGCUCUACACCCGGCCAGCACAAGUGGCUCAUCAUAAAAGUUGAUCUCCGAAAAGUUUUCGAUCGCAAGUGUACCAAGGAUGACUUCAAAAUGUGGACACCUACGAGCUCAGAUCAACCUGGGAUGUCAUGUAUUCUUGGUAAGAAAGAGACUUUUGCCAGGAGAGCACUGGUAGCUAAUUGUUACACCGGUGUGGACUACGAUAGACCCAUUCAGGUUCAAGUUUGUCCGUGUGACUCUAUGGACUACACUUGUGAUUUCGGAUUUGUUCGAACGGGAAAUCCCGUUCAGUGUGUUCGUGAUACAUUGAACAAGUGGUACGAUCCCUACGCUGUUCCCAUUACCUGUGAAGCAGGAAAGUUUUACAACAGAACAAAGGGAUACAAGAAGAUCAGCGAUGAUGAGUGUGUGGGAGGAAAUGCGAAAAAGUACGAGCCAGAUGAGAUUCCUUGUCCAAUCGAUGAUGUCUCUGAAUUUUUGCUGGUGGCACAGCGCGAGACCAUUGCGAGAAUUGAUUUGAGCACCGAGAAACGAGAAAUCCUUCCGGUUCACGAUCUGAAGAACGUGAUUGCGAUCGAAUUUGAUAUGAAGAACAAUUGUCUUUACUGGGCUGACAUUGUCAACGACACGAUAGGUCGUCAAUGUUUCAAGGAUGGCAAGAGCUAUCCGGAGAUUCUAGUCGAGACAGACUUGAGCUCUAUCGAGGGAAUGGCCUACGAUUGGGUGUCCAAGGUCCUAUACUUCGUUGAUGGUGUCAAGAUGAGAAUACAGAUAAUUAGAACGGACUUGACGACAGCGGGAAGAAUGCGGAGGACAAUUCUGGGGCCGAAUAAUCUGCAGAAACCAAGGGGCAUUGCUGUUCAUCCAAUGAUGGGGUAUAUGUUUUGGACGGAUUGGACACCGGGUAAUGCAUCGGUGUCACGUGCCAACUUGGAUGGUAGCAAUGUCAAGAGAUUAUUUACGAAACCAACGGUUGAGUGGCCAAAUGGCAUCACCAUCGACCAUAUUGCCGAGAGGAUUUACUGGGUGGACGCCAGAGAGGAUUAUAUAGGCUCCUCAGAUUACGAUGGCAAACGCUUCAAGAAAAUCCUCACAGAUGAUGACAGGGUGUCACAUCCAUUCGCUGUUGCUGUGUUCAAGGAUACGAUGUACUGGGACGAUUGGAAGCAGUCGCAGAUAUUCAUGGCUGAUAAGGAGCACGGAUUGGGGAUAAGCUCGAAAUUGGGAACCCUGAAGGGACUGAUGGACCUGAAGGUUUUUGCUCACAGUGUUCAGAGUGGUACCAACAAGUGUGAGAACAGCACAUGCUCGCACAUUUGUCUGGGUGCACCGCACGAUAAUUUCGUUUGCCUCUGUCCAGAUGGAAUGGAAAUGGUGGGAGGUAAGUGCAUGUGUCCUGGUGGCAUCACUCCUUACGAUAAUUCAACGUGUCCCAAGGUGGCUAGCACUUGUGCCUCCAAUCAAUUCGCUUGUCGGAAUGGCGUAUGCAUUCCGGAAUUCUGGAAGUGCGACGAUGAUAAUGAUUGCGGUGAUAAUUCGGAUGAGGCAUCUUGCAAGAGGGCAACUUGCAGCCCUAAUAAUUUUGAAUGCGACACUGACAGGUGUAUUCCGAAAUACUGGCUCUGUGAUUUGGAUACAGACUGCAAGGAUGGCACCGAUGAGAUGAACUGCACUUAUGUCAACUGCACAGAUUCACAGUUCACUUGUGAUAACGGAAGAUGUAUUGCUUAUAGAUGGCAUUGCGAUGGUGAAGACGAUUGCCGAGAUGGUUCUGAUGAACGCAAUUGCUCUUCUCCUGUUUUACCAAGUACCUGCAAGUCUGAUGAAAUUGCUUGUGAAUCUGAUCACACCUGCAUAUCUCGUGCUUGGAUGUGUGAUUCCGAGAAGGACUGUGAGGACGGCUCUGAUGAGAAGGACUGCGCUGGAAAACAAUGUCAAGAUUUUCAAUUCACCUGCGACAUCAGUGCAGAUUCUCAUCUGUGUAUCUACAGUUCGUGGGUUUGCGAUGGUGAAAAAGACUGCAAGGACGGCUCCGACGAGGUUAAUUGUACAAUAACAACAAUGGCACCACCCUUACCACCCAUUCUUCCAUCGAAUACCUGCAACGACUGGAUGUUUAUGUGUGCGAAUAAGAAAUGCGUUCCCUACUGGUGGAAGUGCGAUAGCGUUGAUGAUUGUGGAGAUCAGUCUGAUGAAUUUGGUUGCGGUCAUACGGCAGUCAUCGAUUGGACACCAUCAACGGAGGCCCCCCAGAUACCCAAACUUUGCAAAGAGCAUCAAUUCCAAUGCUACGAUAAAAAGUGCGUGGAUGAUGCAUGGGUUUGCGAUGGAACACCUGAUUGUAAACUUGGUGAGGAUGAAUUGCAUUGCAAAGGUACACACGCUGGAUGCCAGAAGGAUCAGUUCAUGUGCAGAAUGGAUGGAUCUUGUAUACCAAUUGGUAAUAUAUGUAAUGGUGUGGAGGAUUGCCCAGAUCGAUCUGAUGAACUUGGUUGUAAUGAGAGUCAACAUCCCAGUCCAGCUGCCACUCCAUCCUGUUACUCUGGUUUCUUCCCCUGCGACGAGACAAGAUGCCUUCCCUCAUCCUCGUACUGCGAUGGUAAACCGGAUUGCUUCGACGGUUUUGAUGAGAGCAACUGCGAGAAGAAUAACACUCGUGUAUAUCAUGUAAUGGUUCUGGGUGUCGAUGAACGCUCUACCAACUCCACGAGCCUCCUACUAUUCUGGUGGAUGCCUAUACCCACCAACAUCACCUUUGAGUUCCUUCCGUCUAUCUCUAAGGUAGAAACUGGCUCCAAAUGGGGGAAUGCCAGCAGCUGGAUAGAAGACACUGAGUAUAGGUUCAAUGAUCUGGAGCCUUAUACAUCCUACAAUUUUACAUUGUACGUACGAUUGAAGGGCCAGUCAGCAGUAUUUCCUUCAUUCAAAUAUACAAUGGCAACAACAACCGAUGGCAUUCCCUCGGAACCUUGGAAUGUCACAGCAGUCCAGAGAAAUGGAACAAGAGUGGAAAUCUCAUGGAAACCCCCUGUCUCCCCGAAUGGUCUUAUUACCGGAUACGAGGUAUACGCUUCACCCCCAGAGGUUCACUUCUCAGUUCAGGAAAGCACAACCAAUAUCGAUAUGCCAUAUAUAGCUGGUGAAACUUAUUCAUUCUGGGUUGUUGCAAAAAAUCAUGAGCACGAGUCCAAACCCUCAAUAAGUUUUAAACUGGUAUUCGAUGGUGCAGCUAAUAUCGAUGACAUCAGCGGUCUCAGGGUUGUUGAAACAACUAAUAAUUCAGCCCAUCUCACCUGGGAUAAACACACUGGUGUCGACGGAUAUCACAUAAUCGCUCGUGCCCCCCUCCCAUACCCCAGGAUAAAGCCGUAUUCAACCCUCGUUAAUGACUUUAUCGUACCAAAUUUGGCACCUGGAGUGCAGUAUAUUUUCGAGGUAAACGCCAUGAAGAGGACAUACAUAGGAAAAAAGACAAAAAUCAGUGGAAUGACCAAGGGGACGCCCUUACCAGUACUCACUAAGUUUGUAACAAUGUCUUACAAGUUGGAUGGUACCACUGCUAAAGUAAGCUGGGAUCCCCCCAAGACUGGUAGAAAGGUCAAGUGGCAGUACGCAGUAUAUUAUGCUUUCAAUAUGUAUGACUUGUUCCGGGAAGCGAAAUUUGUUACGACUAACCUCACAGCUUCGAUUAAGGAUCUCGAGGCAUGUGAAUCGUAUCUCUUUGCAGUAGGUUUGUACGGCCCUUACGGUGCUGGACCCCUAUCACCAGCUGUUAAUGUUCGUACUUACUACAAUGCCAGAGCAGCCCCGAAAAAUCUCCGAGCGACAGGCUCCAGCAAACCCGACACUAUAAUUGUGUCCUGGAGUGCCAGUUGCUCAGUGCUGAAUGAACCAAUCAACUACACUAUAACAGUCACUGAUAUCAUGAUGAAUAAGACUACGGUAGUGACACUUCCAGCCAGCAAUGAGACUACCAUCAAGCACACUUUCAAUUCCAUAAAACAUGGGGGCCAAUACAGAAUUAGUGUGGCCACUGAUGUCAAUGAUGCUAAGUCCAGUCAGCCAUUUAUUUAUGUAGCACCACCAAUUCCUGCACCUCAUCAGCUUCAUGUUGAACCUGAUGAUGGCAAACACAUCGUCUACUGGCAGGAGAGAGAGCUACCAGAGACACUGGAGAACAAUACUGAGUAUCAUUACGAGGUACUUGUCAGUGAGGACUCACGCACUGUCAAUGAGUCUGGUGCCAAAGUUUACAAGUGUAAGCAACCACCAUUUAUCUACAAAGAUGCCAAGGCCAAUGUCAUAUAUUCUUUCGCUGUUAAGUUGGUUACUGAGGACGGGUACAGCAGCUUGAUGAGUGAAACACAGAGCAUUAGAACUCCUUCACUUGCAACAUGGCCAGUGACGAUAACUCCCUCGAAUAUACUCCCAAUCGCCAUCCCAGUCUGUCUACUGAUAGUGGCCCUAGGUGCUGGUCUAGCGUAUUUCUUUGUUAGACACAGAAGACUGUCGAAUAGUUUCACGCAAUUCGCCAACAGUCAUUACGACACGAGACGGGGUCAGGCUACUUUCCCGGGUACAACGGAUGCUCUCGAUGAAGAAGACAGUCCUGUGAUUCGAGGCUUCUCUGACGACGAGCCACUGGUAAUAGCGUAAAGUCAUAUUGCAAAGUAAUACAAGAAAAUUAAGAUGAUAUUGCAAACGUAUACAGUAAAGGUAAAUAAGCAUACAUAUAACGAAACCAACACUACUAUUACUGUUUUUUUUUUGAAUCAUUGAUAGAGUUUUUGGGAAGCGGUUAUUGGGGAAAGAAGGAACAAUACAUCACGCAAUUAAUCACCUUAAACAGAAAAAUUGAAAAUUAUGAUCAGUUUAUUUCGUGAAUAUCUCGAGAGCGAGUGGUCCUAGGAGAAAAUAUGUUCCUGAAAUCAAUAGUUUACGAGAUAAUCGAAUAAUAAACGCAAUAUUGCGGAUUCCCAUACUUUUAUUCCUUUUGUACAGAAUUAAGAAAUGCAUUUGUAUUAAAUUAAAGUAAAUUAAUUUGUAUUCACGAUUCGUUUUCCGUCAAAGGGAGCGUCGAAGAGUCGCUGAUACCCUGUAUAUAUUACAAUCUUUUUAUGUCACGACGAUUAAUUUUUUAAAAUCAUAUUUCUUGUCAAAUAAUAAUUCUUGUUAAUUCUUGUUUCACUGAUGAAUAUUGUUACAUCGAAUUCCAUUUGGAUUGCGAUAAUUGUAUUCUCCGCUUCUGAUAGUUGUCAGCCCGAUAGAUUUUCACGAAUCAGCCAUAAAGAAAUUUUUUGAAUGAAAAGAAAAAAAAAUGAAAAUAGAGAAAAUAGAAGAAUUGCCGUCCGGAUUUUCUUCCAUUUUAUUUUCUAUUUUUUUCUCUCAUUGUGUCUUUUAUUCUGCAUUUGGGUAACGAGAUUAUUGGAGUGGGAAGUAACUGGCAUUUAUUUAAGACUGGAAUUGUGCCACAGAAGCGAUUUGCCAUUGAGUGAAAAAAUUGAAAUAAUUAUUAUUCAAUUUUUACCCUGUAAUGACAUGAAUUCAUUUUAUGCUCAUAGGUAAAAUGAAAUGUUCUUCUCGUUUUAUGCACAUGUUCUGAUGCACUUUUGUAAUGCAUUUGAUGAUUAGAUAACGUGGCGAGGGUGAAUUUUAUUCGUUGAAUAUUUUGUAUGGAUUCUUGAUCAUUGAUGGCGCUGAUGAUGAAAACUUUUAAUAUGAAAAUAUGAAAAUUUAAGAUGGGUAACAACUGACACGGAGGUGACAGUCGGAUUUUGAGCGAGAGAAGUCUAAUUUUCUUGGCAGUGCAAUAUUCAUUAAUUAAUAUAGUUAUUCUGUGAUGAAGUGGAGAAAUCAAGUUUUUAUUUUUAUUUUCAUAUUCCAAAUAUCUCGGAAAAAGUGGUUCUCUCUCAUUUUUUUAGUUAUCUUCUGCUGGCACCGCUAAUUAAUGAGAUAAUUCUACGCUUGGGAUUCCACUACCGGGCUAAUUUUCUGUUUUCAUUGAUUUACCUGUUCUUUUUUGUUGAUCAAUUAUUAAAUCUGACUGUCACAAGUGUGUAUGCAUUAAUUUUUCUCCUCGAGUCACCCAUUGAAUCUUUUCUAACUGACUGCCACGUCAUUUUUUUCGCAUUUAGCCGUUAAGAGGGCAUAAAGUUAAUGGAGGGAAAACGAAGAGGAGAGAAUACGAUUGUAGUCGUUACGUGUAAAUCUUUGAGGAGUAUAAUUAUAACAGUGAUAUAAUAUAUUGUGAGUGUAAAUAAAUGAAGUUGAGGUAAAAUGGAUAA